CGUCAUGGCGUUGUCGUCUAUCAAGCGCGAUCUGGAUCUCCUUGUGGAUCUGAUUGCCAAGAUGACGGAGUCUACAGAAGACAUUCCGCACGACGCGCGCAUCCAAGUGCAUAUCCCCCGAGUACUCCAGAUUGUACAUCAAAAGCGCCCAUUGCAGAAGCUCUACGACAUCAGCGUGCCAUGGGAAACCUCAUUGACAACAUUCUUCAUCGAUAGGUCAAAUCAUGGUCUAUACGAGGCUCUACUACAUUCACUCUUCUGCGUCUCUAGAUUGUCCAUGCUGGACAAUAUGCUCUCCCGCCGCGACUUGUCUUCUUUCGACACCGACUUCUUCCUGGCCAUCUUCGAGUGGAUCGACUAUCUCCUGCCAAUCGGCCGCGAACGAGAGGUUCGACGACUCGAUGCAGCCGGCCGUCUUCCGGAGGACUACAUCCUGGGCUACGUCGAAACUGCCCUCUAUGCCCUUCUAGAGAUAUUCCAGUUCCUUCCGCAUAAAAGACUACGCGAGAUAUUCCUGGCACCUGACCAGCGCUUGACCGCUGUUCUCGCCCGCGCUUGGCUGAAGUGGCCCUCCUUGUGUCGCCUCGUACCCACAUUACCUCCCAGGGUCAUCGAAGCUUGCGUCCUCGGGUUUCCCCUGCUCCAUAAAAGGCUAAAGGAUCGGGACCUCCAAGAGAAGGCGCGCGAUGUGAUACUACCAGGGGUCGCCUACAGCCCUCGUCGUUUCUACCGCCGCUUCGCUCGUCAUAUACGUGCAACUAUGGUCCCCCAAGAGCCCGAUGGGGAAAGCUUCGUGCAGAACCAUCUCAGCAGCAUCAUUUCCUUCACUCACGCACCUGGCUUCGAACGUAUCCCACGCGAGCUAGUCGUUGCGCUCAUGGACUGCCUCCGGCACCCCAACCACCUGGUCCCGCCGCACUGGUAUUCGGUGUGGGCCGUGCUUGCGCCGCUAUGCAUUCCCAAUCCGCGAACCGCUCGUACCGCUGUAAAACACGGGCUCUUCGAAUGCCUUGUGCGCGUUCGUCUCACCGAUCCCGCCACCUUGAUGCUCCCCGAGAUGACCAAGGCACUGCGCAUGACCAUCGUCUCGCCGCGGGUGGUGCGCGGCUUCCAAACAUCCUUUUCGCAUCUGCAGAAUAAUCGUGGCGUCUUUCCCCCUUUCGACGCUUUCGAUGAGGAGGAAGAUUCCACCGAGAAUAGUUUUACAUUCUGCUUCAAUCGCUGGGACGAUGCCGAAUUCACAUGGGCGAAGGAGGCCACUUGCUGUAAUGCUGCUUGCCCAAAUGAAGGCGGAGAUAUCGAAACACUGCGCGCAUGCAUAUGUGGGGAGGCGCUAUACUGCUCCAAGACAUGCCAACGCGCCCAUUGGGUCGAAGGUAAUCAUAGACGAGAGUGCCCUACAAGUCUUAACCCAGAGAAAAGUGGGAUCGUAAAGGCACGCGACAUGUAUAAUAUCGUGGCGCUUGCGGCGAGGACGUUCGGCGACAGCUACGACCAGAUCACGGAAGUGCCUGGCCAGAAUGCUAUUAAAAUCGACCUGCGAAGUCUCCUGGAGGGCCGGGAAGUAAUGAUACAUAUAGUGCCAGAGACAGGGGAGGGUAAAAAGCGUGCGAUGGAGGCUGCACAACCCCUAUGGCACAACGUCGAGGUCUACUUCAUGCACGAAGGGCAGACGCGCACACGUCUCAUGCAGUUCGUCCACGAAGAGCAUGCAGGUCGCUUUCGUAUGCCAUUUCGCCUCCUGACGCAAGCUUACACGAGUGGCAAGGUGAUUUUUUUCGGGAUAAAAACAUGCUUAAAAAGAUGCUCAAAAAGGUGCUCAAAAAGACGUUGUUUUUGCGCCGAAAAAGUGCGUGUUUUCAGGGCCAUAAAGGUGUCGAAAAAGACUGUCUUUUGAAGCAUCUUUUUGCCACUGAAAAGGCGCCUCAAAAGUGCGUCUUUU